AUGAUGUAUUCACUUCUCAAUGAAACAAGAAACUGUCAAGUGUGCAUGAAAUCAUUUCCAAAUGGGAGAGCUUUAGGAUGUCACAUGAGGUCUCACACUCGGGAAGUUUCGGCAUCAAAUGGCUCGACCGUUCCAUCGCUGAAGACACCCACCAAACUCGUAGCAAACAUCAGACCCAAUGAAACAGUUUUGAUGAGAUCUGUCCACACAAGUGAAGUUGGUGUGGAACCAAAGAGAGAAGAAGGUGGACAACAAAUAAAAGGCAAGAGAAAGAUCGUCGUGGAUUUAGAUGAGUGUCAAAGUUCUUUAACAGCUGCUGAAGAAGCUGCUCUUUGUCUUGUAGCAAUGUCUAAGGGACAGAUACCAAAAAACUCUCAGAAUUGGAAUGCUAUUGACCGUUUGUUAUCAACUCCAAAUGAUAGAGAAGAAUAUACUCGAAUGGUUAUCGAUAUAGAUUCUGAUGAUGAUGACAAAGAAGACAAGUUUGUCGAAGAUGAUGAGGAUGAAACAUAUUUAAUUGCGAAGGAGAAACAAUGUAAGAAAAAAUUUACGUGUGAUAUAUGUGGAAAAGUGUUGAAUUCGUAUCAGGCAUUAGGUGGUCAUCGAACGAGUCACAGAACCAAACGAUUGAAGAAUUGCGACAAGAAUGGUCAAGCAGUGGUUCGAGAUUACAAGUGUUAA